UCACAGAUGGCCGUCUCAAAUCAACAACCGGUGCAGUGAACGAGUAAAGUGACGCGGUUAUGUACGCAAAACAAUCGCGUCAGACGUGUAAAAUGUCGUGAAACAUGUAAGGAGUUGUUAUUGUGAGUGGCGUCGCGUUGAAUUUUACGUUUUAUUUUUGUUCCGCAACCACCAUAACGACCAGAAGUGAAAGCAAGUACUUGGCCCGAUCUGCCGUUGCUUUUACCAAUUGGUUUUAUCGUCGGUGACGUACGGCUUGGGAGCACCGAGGCCAAACACGAGUCGCCGUUCGAGGAUGAGCGCGAACAAUGUGCAAGCGCUUUUCGCGUGUUCCAGAUGCUUUUCCAGGCAUCCGUUCGAGGAACUUUCCCCGGGGCAACAGUUGUGCAAGGAAUGCAGAGGUGCAUUUCCAGUGGUGAAAUGUACAUAUUGUAGGUCAGAAUUCCAGCAAACAAUAAAGGGUAAUACAAGCACUAUAUGUAAAAAGUGUGAGCAGAAUGUGAAAUCUUAUGGUAAACCAUCGGCCUGUGAAUAUUGUAAUACCAUAGCUGCAUUUAUCGGUAGUAAAUGUCAGCGAUGUACAAACUCUGAAAAACGAUAUGGGCCACCAGUUACAUGCGAACAAUGCAAACAGAAGUGUGCCUUCGACAGACAAGAUGAAGAUAAAAAGGUCGAUGGAAAGUUAUUAUGUUGGCUGUGUACACUGUCAUACAAACGUGCACUGGCAAAAACGAAACAGUCUGACGCUGAGAGAAGGGCACAUUUGAAACUAGCACAACAACGAGCAGCAAAGCACAAAGAACAAAAAUUGAAAAGUCACAAUAAGAGACCACACAGAGUAGAUGUUACGAAGCUGCCGCCUCAGUCUGAUGGUGCAGACACGAAUGGCCCAACGCCGGUGAAAGCAGCGCGGAUGGCUGGCGUACACGAUCCACACGAUCCCAACAGUUCGGAUCACGUAGUCGCGGUUACUCAACUCAAAGAAAAGAUAGCCCAUCUUCAGAAACAAAUCUCGAUCAAGGAUGGUCAAUUACUCGCUAAAGAUAGACAAAUUACAGAAUUGAAAGCGAAAAAUUUCACAUCGGAAACAGAACUGCGCAACAAGAUGAAGGCAACGGAAAAGGAGUACGAAACCAAAAUAUCGACGAUGCAACACAAGAUUUCCAGUUUGUUGAAAGAAGUUGCUUCCUUAUCGAAGAGCUCUAAGCGGGGCGACAGAGUAGCUGCCACGAAAACAGAAGCUGGGACCAACAGUGGAAGUGGAACAGACAGUCCUGUACCUUGAUAAGGGUUCUUGGUUAGCUGUGACAACAUACUCAAAUGUCCAUACCCGCAUAAAUCAUGUGGCAUAUUACAUAUAGCUAAUUGUUUCCAUUAACAAGGCAAAAUCUGUAUUAUUUUUCUAAUUAAUAUAGGAAUGUAUAUUAUCUUCGACGUGUACACGGAAAGUCUUGCGCGUUCUUCUAACGGGGGAUGGUGAUGAUGAUGGUGAUGGUGAUGCAAGUGCAAAAGAGAGAAAAAAAAAAUAAGAGUGUUAUUCGUAAGUUAGGUAGCUUUCCCCCUAUUUUGUUCCGUUUCUUCGACCAUCCCGCGGACGCGUGUUUGUUUUUUACGACGAAGAGAUCGCACGUAAUCGAAUUGUACAAUAAAAAAGAAAAAAAAAA